UGCCCGUGGCUUGAAAUGCAGCGACUCUCGCCGUUGAUUUUGCGGUUGUCUUGGCUGUAGCGCUGUAGCCCGUGUCGUCUGUGUUGUUUUCAUUUUACAGCGGGUCUUGCUGACCUGCCCAGAGAUUCUGCAGAAAUGGCAGCGAGCGACACAAACACAGAGGAUUCACUCUACCCAAUCGCGGUACUAAUCGACGAACUAAGGAAUGAAGAUGUCCAGUUGCGGCUGAACAGCAUCAAGAAACUGUCGACUAUUGCGUUGGCGCUUGGUGUGGAGCGAACCCGCAGCGAGCUGAUCCCCUUCCUCACUGACACCAUCUAUGAUGAAGACGAGGUGCUUCUGGCGCUUGCCGAGCAGCUGGGCAACUUCACACCACUGGUUGGUGGCCCUGAGUUUGUCCACUGCCUCCUGCCCCCUCUCGAGAGCCUGGCCACCGUUGAGGAGACAGUGGUGCGGGACAAGGCAGUCGAGUCCCUGCGUGCCAUCUCUCAGCAGCAUAGUGCGGCUGACUUGGAGCAGUACUUUGUGCCCCUGGUGAAGCGGCUCGCCUCGGGUGACUGGUUCACGUCGCGUACAUCGGCGUGUGGCCUGUUUGCCGUCUGCUACCCACGCGUGUCUCCGGCCGUCAAGGCAGAGCUGCGCAGCCAUUUCCGCAACCUGUGCCAGGACGACACGCCCAUGGUGCGACGAGCGGCAGCCUCCAAGCUGGGCGAGCUGGCCCAAGUUGUCGAACCCGAGUGGCUCAAAGGGGACCUGGUCGCCAUGUGGGGGUACCUCGCCCAGGACGAACAGGACAGCGUGCGGCUGCUCGCAGUGGAAGCUUGUGUGUCGCUGGCCGGCCUCCUGCCACGGGAAGAUCUGGAACCACUGUUGCUGCCGACCUUGCGCCAGGCAGCCGAGGACAAAAGCUGGCGGGUGCGCUACAUGGUGGCCGACCGCUUCACCGACCUGCAGAAGGCCCUCGGUCCUGAAGUGACGCGUGCCGACCUGGUCCUCGCCUUCCAGAACCUACUCAAGGACUGUGAGGCUGAAGUGCGGGCAGCUGCCGCUCACAAGGUCAAGGACUUCUGCCAGAAUUUGCCUCCUGAAGUGCAGGAGCAGGUGAUCAUGAGCAACAUUCUGCCCUGUGUCAAGGACCUCGUCUCUGACCCGAACCAACACGUCAAGUCGGCCCUUGCCUCUGUCAUCAUGGGUCUCUCUCCAAUCCUCGGCAAGCAGAACACCGUGGAGCACCUCCUCCCACUGUUCCUCUCACAGCUCAAGGACGAGUGCCCCGAGGUUCGACUCAACAUCAUCUCCAACCUAGACUGCGUCAAUGAGGUCAUCGGCAUCCAGCAGCUUUCGCAGUCGCUGCUGCCAGCCAUCGUCGAGCUGGCCGAGGACUCCAAGUGGCGUGUGCGGCUGGCUAUCAUUGAGUACAUGCCAUUGCUGGCGGGCCAGCUGGGUGUGGAGUUCUUCGACGAGAAGCUUAAUGCGUUGUGCAUGACGUGGUUGGUGGACCACGUGUUUGCCAUCCGUGAGGCGGCCACCCAAAACCUGCGCAAGCUGGUUGACAAGUUUGGCAAGGACUGGGCCCAGGCCACGGUCAUUCCCAAAGUGCUGACCAUGUCGCGCGACCAGAACUACCUUCACCGCAUGACCUGCCUCUUCUGCAUCAACGUGCUGGCUGAAGCAUGUGGCGGUGAGGUUACCAGCCGCCUGAUGCUCGCCACCGUGCUCGGUCUUGCCAGCGACUCGGUUGCCAACGUCCGCUUCAAUGUUGCCAAGACGCUGCAGCGCAUCACACCCCUCCUGGAUGCACCGACGCUGCAAGGCCAGGUAAAGCCCUGCUUGGAAAAGCUGAACACAGAUCCAGACGUUGAUGUUCGGUACUUUGCAUCUGAAGCCUUGGCAGCAGUAAAGGAAGGUGGACAGCAGCCCCAAAGUGCUGCCGUGAACCCCCAGCCGGCUAGCCCACCCAAUCCCGUCGUAGCCAGUAAAAAUUAAAGUUCGACCUGCAGCACGUGUACGCAUACACACAAAUGAGUGACCAGUGGCGUCUUAUGCUGCCCUGCUGGCCAGAGCACUGCAGCCCGUUUCAAUGGCAUGAGUGAGGACAAGUCUCGUUGGAAGGGCGAAAGGCGGGGAAGGGUGUCUCGCAGUUCUCAUCGUUGAGUUUGUGGCGUGAUCAUUGUAAACUAGUAAAAGAAUGCUGACGAG